AAGAGGGCGACCAUGUCACACGAAGAGAAACGCGCAAGAAAAUAAUCUGGGACAAAUUGUUCGCUACAGGCCUACGUAGAUUAUCCGAACACGUUUCCUGCUAAAGUAGAAAGGAUCAAAUGGUUUUUGAAAAGAAGUCUUCGGCCCGUGUAGCGGAGGCAGGACAGAGGCGUGUGUUGGACGAUGCAACACGCCAGCGGAGGUUAAAUCGGCAGCUGGAUGCUCUAGAGAAGGACAACUUCCAGGAUGACCCUCUCUCCUCCCUGCCUCCCUCUGGUCCUACUGCCCGUCUGCCCGCCUUUAGCGAAGGAGAGGAACCCGGUAAGAAGAAGAGGAAAACUAGAGGUGAUCACUUCAAACAGAGAUUUCGCAAAAACUUCCAGACUCUACUAGAAGAAGAGAAUGUGUCUGAGAGGGAGGAGCCUAACUACCUGUCAGCUGCAGCCCCUCCCUCCUCGCUCCCCCCUCGUCUGUUCUGCUCCGUCUGUGGAUUUCCUUCCUCCUACACCUGUUGCUCCUGUGGGGGGCGCUAUUGUUCCACACGCUGUCUUAUCACGCACAGAGAGACCAGGUGUCUGAAGAUGACUCUGUAGCAGCUGAUCUGACUAUACCUGGUCAUGCUCACAAAAUGUGGAUGGUAAAUUCUUCUACCAGUAGCUGUAUAGAAUGUUACAACACAGGAACGGCGCUACGGAUAAUGACCGUGUACCAGAGAUGCUAUGGAGAGAACACUACCAGAGAAGUAAUGGGGAACGCUACUAGAAAGUUACAAACAUGCACACAGUGACUCAGCACUCUGCGGUGUGACGUCAGUGUUGUGGAGUAGGGUAGUGGUGCGUGGGUAAAAUCACUGGGGAAGCAAGAAAAAAAGCCAUAUUACAACCUAUGUGUUAUAAUUGCAUUGUUUGCUCUAUAACUUGUUAAUUCAUAUUACUUCACAGAUAGGUUUAUCACUCUGUCAUACAGUAAACACUUUUUAAAAUGU